CGGAAGGAGGACGGCUGGGAGUCGCAGCCCGGGAUUGUAAAUAAGACCGUUAAAACUGUGUUUUAUUUACAAAAGUAAUGCCGGCUGUUUUAAGAGACCGUUCCCAGUUGUUUUAAGUCGUUUUUUGUAAUUUUUUGGCUCUAUUUCUCGCCUAUUUCCGUGUGGUUUUUACACUACGCGUAUAAUGGCGAGCUCGGCUAACUCGAACCCAGUGCCUAAACUAUAUAAGUCUGUGAUUGAGGAUGUGAUCAAUGAGGUGCGAGAGCUGUUCCUGGAUGAGGGAGUGGAUGAGCAGGUGCUUCUGGAGCUGAAAACGCUGUGGGAAAACAAACUGUUGCAGUCCAAGGCAGUGGAGGGCUUCCAUACUGAGGAGCAGGCAGCCCUGCAGGCCGCUCAGCAGCAGCAGCAGGUUCAGCAGCAGGUUCAGCAGGUCCAACACGUCCAACACGUCCAGCACGUCCAGCACGUCCAGCAGGUGACCCAGCCAGCACAGGCCCAGCAAGUCAUUCUGCCCCCUCAGCAGCAGCAAGCUCCCCAGCAGCAGGUUAUUGUUCAGGAUUCCAAGAUUCUACAACACAUGAGUGCAACAGGGAUGAGUGCAGCAGCUACAGCAGCAACCCUUGCUUUGCCCACAGGGGUCACCCCGUACCAACAGCUCAUCACUAGCCAAGGUCAGAUCCUGCAGGUGGUCCGUGCUCCCAACGGGGCUCAGUACAUCAUCCAGCCCCAGCAGCAGAUCCUCCUGCAGCAGCAGAUGCAGCCUGGCGGCGUGCAGGCCCCGGUCAUACAGCAGGUAUGCCCCAUUAGACAGGUCCUGGCUCCUCUGCAGGGAGGCCUGCCCCAGCAAACAGGAGUUAUCAUCCAGCCGCAGCAGAUCGUCUUAGCUUCAGGAAACAAAGUCCAGGGCAAUACACAGGUGAUGCAGGCAGCAGCUCUGGCACAGCAGCCUGGCCAGGCAGCAACAGCUCAGGUCCAGCAGGUCCAGCAGGUCCAGAGCGCAGCUGCACCACAGGUCCUACCGCAGCCACAGAACCAGCAGCAGGCCCAGCAGCAGCAGCCUCCCAUGAUACUGCAGGCGGACGGCACCGGAGACACCUCCUCAGAGGAGGACGAGGAUGAGGAGGAGGAGUAUGAUGAAGAUGAGGAGGAGGAGAAGGACAAGGAUGGGGGAGAGGACGGGCAGGUGGAAGAGGAGCCUCUGAACAGUAGUGAUGAUGUCAGUGAUGAGGAGGACCAGGAGCUGUUUGACACGGAGAAUGUAGUGGUGUGCCAGUAUGACAAGAUUCACAGAAGUAAGAACAAAUGGAAAUUCCACCUGAAGGACGGGAUCAUGAAUCUGAAUGGGAGAGACUAUGUCUUCUCCAAAGCCAUUGGGGAUGCUGAAUGGUGAAGGAGAAAAAAGAAAAAAACCCGGAGAAAGCAACAGGAGCAGGAACUCUAUAAGUCCCUUUAUCCAGUUAACAGACACUUCAAUAUCCUUCCAUAGCCUGUGACUGGAUUCCUGUCAGGAAACAACCUGUGAGUCUUUGAGAACUCUGACUAACCCAGCGGACUGUGAGGUACCGUACAACCCGGGUGUUGUCAAAAACACCCGGCUGGCCUUUCGGGAUGAGAAACCUACAGCGGAAGUGAAAGCCUGCGAACAGAAUCCUCUUGAUCUUUCUUUGCUUCUUCCUGGCUUCUCUACGUUUUUCCUGAGAGAAUUCACACACAGUGGAAAGUAAGCAUUUCACUUCAUGCAGGUGUAGUGGACCAGGGUGACCUGCCCCGCCACAGGAGGGUCAGAGGUCAUUCAUUAUAUCCCCGUAGAUGAGAAACACCUUCAUGAUGCACUGUAGUCGGUUGACUGGAUUGAAUUUAAGUACAUUUAAGUCCAAACUUAGUGCCACCAGUCAAGAUCGCUGCCUUUAGAGCGGCCAGAAUCAACUUUUGGCUUCUAAUUUUUGCUCUUGGAUUGUAAUUCUGUCUCAAUUCAUGUUUAUGAAAACGGUGCUCCGGAGGGUUUUAUGUAGUUAACAACCUGUUAUUGUUUUAAACUUUUUUUUAAAAAUGUGUUUCAUGAAGGGUUAAGAAAAAGAAGGUACAAUUACAUGAAUUCUAUAAUAACUAAUAGUGAUUUAAAGGCAUUAUUUUAAUCUAAUGAGUGCUCAAUCCAAAAAUACUGUUAUUUUUCUCAUCUGCUUCUCUGGAGUUUCAUUGCAUCUUUAAUCUUAACAAAAAAAGGAAGCGCAGUUCCAACACUGAAUUCAUUUUAGAACUGUACAAACUGUCUGAAGGUGUAUCUUCUUUGCUCUUAUUUUAGUUCCCUGCAGCCGUCUGAGAAUUUGCACUGUCAGUUUAUCAAUGUUGUGAAAUCAGUCAAGUUAAUCAAUAGCCACAGCGUGCUCUGUUUGUGUUGGGAGAGAAAGUGUGAUACAGUGACUGACUGUACAGUGUGUGUGUGUGUGUGUUUGUGUUUGUGUGUGUGCGCGCGCGCGCGCGGUCACCGCUUUACUCUGGUAAUGUAUUCGUUUGGUUUUUUUUGCACACCCAUAAUCUCAAAAUGUCUGUUAAAACAUAUUACAAUUUCAUUUUUUUUCUUUUUU